CGGAAGUGUCCCCUGGUUGUGGAGGUGAACCACCAGACGACUCCACGAAGGACGGAGACAUUACUGUCAGUAUUGUGACACUCCAAUAAAUGCAUCCAAGGAGAUAGAAUACAUCUGAAGUGCCACCCUCCUGCUGAUAUGGCCAACCCUUUAAGGGGUGAGGUUAUUCGGCUUUACAAAAAUCUUCUUUAUCUUGGCCGGGAGUACCCCAAGGGAUCUGCUUAUUUCAGAGAGCGCCUGAAGUCAGCCUUCAUGAAGAAUAAAGAUGUAACAGACCCUGAACAAAUCAAGAAACUGGUGGCACGGGGCGACUUUGUCAUAAAAGAACUGGAGGCUCUUUAUUUUCUCAGGAAAUACCGAGCCAUGAAAAAGAGGUAUUACGAACCGGAAAAAUAAAUGACAUAUAUCACAGCUUCACAAUAUCUUUCAUAUACAAAAUACUUGGUAGGCAAAGAGUAUGGUGCAUCUAGAAUAUAAUAAUAAUGUGAAAAAUCUAAAAAUGUAAAGUUUGAAGAGUCAGUUUCCUGUACAAAGUGGAAGCAGCACAGAUGCUUUAGUUUACUCUGUAAGCAGGCUCACCCAUUUCUGAAAUGCUGAAUUGGCAAGAUUACACAGAAAAUAUUGCCUCUAGGAGCAAUCCCAAUAAAAAAAACAAAACAAAGCACUACUACAAAAUUAAGUGUAAUGAUUGAUUUAUUGAAGUAAAGGUUUAGACACAUCAGUCUCAGACUCUGGAGAUGGCCUGAAGGAGGGCAUAGCAGAGCAUUCUGCAGGAAGGCGACUGAAUAUACCCCAGUGAGGUGUCUAGAGUCUUGUGCUCGGUGGAGUUGGAAUAGCGGGGGACACCUGCAAGGCAAUGAAGAGACAAUGAGUGAGAGCUCCCCUUUGAAACAAAAUGAUACAUACUAGGAGGUCUGAAAGCAUGUAGUGACUGGAUGAUGAAGAUGAUGUGGGAGACGGGAAGGCAGGAGAGGCUGACAGUAAUUGUCAAUUAUUAUAUUUUGAGACAAUAUAAAUCACAGAUUUGGUUGGAACUAUAGUGAACAUGCUUACAUAGUAAAUUAGUUUUUUCAGCUAACUUUGUAUAAGACAGCUGUAUACAUUUUUUACUUUUUCACAUUAUUCUAAUCGCAGAUGCACUUUACAACAGCACCUAACAAGUCUAACAGUGAUAUCUAAUCCAUCAUAACCUUUCAAUUUUUAUCAAACAGCUGUUUCGUAUAAAGACUUACCUGAAAUGGAAAUGAACGAUCUAUCUGUAAACAGUGCCACAAAGUGACAAUUAUGUGGUAGCUACCACAUAACCUGAUUUGUAUCACUGAAGCUGUAUCACUGGAUCACAACUUGUUCUCUCAGCAUUUUAAGUUACAAAUUCUGUAUCUGUGUUAUCAAUUCACAUUAUUUAAACAUGUACAGUUUUUGGUCUGUGGUUUUGGUUGAUUUUUAAUCAUGCCAGGAUCAACAUUUCAUUGGUUUUUCAAUCACAUUUUUGUUAAAGGGUUUAGUCAAAACAAACAUCCACUGGUUACAAAAAGUGUUGGUAGAACACUGAAUGUCAGAGCUGUAAAAUUUAAUAUUCCUUAUUUGACUGUAUAAUUUUGAAAAUGCAUGGUCAGUUCUCAUAAGGAAUGAAUGUACGUAACUAUGAAUCAUUGUUACUGUAAGCUCUUUGUUAUAUUUAUUCUGGAAACCGUCCUUUUUUUGUAAUAUAAAGUCAAAAGAAAAUUUUUGUUUUCAAGGAGUAUUCAACUUUUUACACAA